UAUACGAUUACACUACCGGGGCAAACUCACUUGAAAAUGUUGGUGUAGGCAUUCCUUACAGCUUUAUUCUCAUUUUGCCUUGUUUAUUAGACAUUUUGGUGCAGGAUGUUACGUGCGGCGCUGCUUCCUACGUCGUUGACGCCGCCAUCGAGCGCAGUUGUUACUUAUUUGGAGCGCGCGGGCACGCAGUCAUUGAGGAAGACGACGAAGAAGAAGAGUAAUGGACCGAGAUGGACGCCUAUCUCCGCGCUCUGCUAGCCCCUUCACGGCGCAGCAAUACGAGCGGCUCGGGAAUCAAGCGACCACCCUGGUGGUAGCGGUUUCCGUCUGCAUGUUCAGCGUCGCCGCUCUGGUCAGAAUCAUGCCGUAUACCAAGCGCUCCCUCUUCGAGAUCACCUACGUGAGCCACACGAACAAAGGGAUCGGACCAGAAGGCGAACCCGGGCUUUUCAUCAACGCGUUCGCCAACGCGUUCGCCUUCCUCUUGGUCAUCAUGAUCGCCAAUUGCGCCCUCGCGUUCCUCUACAAAGGCGGCCACUACUGCAUCGUCAGGGCGUGGCUCAUGACUGGCUCGGCGCUGCUACUGCUUCUGGCCGGCUACUACUACACUGGUCGCGUGCUGUUCUUUCUGGGCGUCCCCGCGGACCACUUCAGUUGUGCGCUGGUCACGUGGAACGUGGGCAUUCUUGGAGUCGUGGCGCUGUACUGCGACGCACCCUGCCUCGUGCAGCGCUGCUACCUCGUGUACGUGUCCAUUCUUAUGGCCAUCGCUAUCGAAGAAGUCUUCCCGAACUGGACGUCAUGGAUACUCCUGGUACUGGUGUCGUUGUGGGACCUGUUCACCGUGCUCUGUGUCCAGGGUCCAACGCGAAUUCUCAUCGAGACCGCGAAGGAGAGGAACGACUCGCUUUUUCCGGCCCUCGUCUUUUCCACGUCGUCCGCCUGGUGCUACGAGAUUGCUUUGUCAGCCGUCGAAACAUCGCGCCACGGAGCGGAGACUACUGGUAGAAGUAACAUCUCGAGAAAACGCUUUCCAUCGUAUUUGACUCUAGGUUAUCGGUCGGGCAUGCGCCGAUCUUUCAACACGAGAGCGCCCGGCGCAGUGCCUGCGAUCCCAAGACACGCGAUUGGUACGCCGUGCUACCCGCGAGGACUUGAACGAGCAACGCCGACGCCUGCCAGCGCUCUAUUAUUUAAUGAACAUGCACCGAACAGCAGUAGUGAAGCACGAACCACCACGGAAUACAAUAAUAUUGCACGACCUGAAGAGAACGCAUACAACGGAGUUACCGCCUCAGCUUUCCAGCCUUGCCUGGUGCCAGCCAUGUCGGGGCAGCCGGACGCAACCACGACGCAGGUUGCGGUCACGACGUGUUCUGACCACGCUGGGGACGCUCACAAGGACGGCUCGUCACCGGGAGGUUCUUCGGUGGGCGGCCGCUGGCGGCGGGGCGGGCGUCGUCACAAGCAGUUCUCGCUCACGCCGUCGUGCAAUUCUGAGGACUCGUUCGGAAUUCGUAGCGGUGCGCGCAGCGGCUGCUCGACGCCCGCCAAGCGUCGACUGGGCUCCCCUCGCCCUGGGCUAAAGUCUGAGGCGCCUGGCAGUAGUCCGGCACUUGAGCAAAGUCGCGGACACAGCAAGGACGUCCUGGAGCAUGGGCUGAAGCUGGGUCUGGGCGACUUCAUCUUCUACAGCAUACUUCUGGGCAAGGCCUCCCGGCACGGCACCGUUGUCGGCAUCGUCGCAUGCUACAUUUCCGUGCUCGUGGGCGUGCUGCUCACGGUCGCGUUGCUGAUCAUUUUCCGCAAGCCGGUGCCCGCCCUGCCCCUCUGCAUCCUGAUGGGACUCGCCGCCUACUUCACGAGCGCCAUUGUCUGCGACCCUUUCCUCGAAGCCAUCGACUUCAACUUUUACUAGCGGGGGCAUAGGGAACCUUGCCAGACUCCCUGUUUAGUAUAUUGCGUUCAGGUUAGCACACAAAUGAAAGCAGUGCAAUCGAUGGUUCCCAAACAACUUUUAAAUAGAUUGUGCCAUUUUAUCGCCGCUUUAAGGUUAAUUUUUUUUCGUAUGUCCUUAAAUACCGUUUUAAGCACUGUGGAUACGUGUUCAGCGCGAAGAGGGAACUCGGACAAGAGAAAACACAAACGCUGCCUAUCAAAUGAACAGUCACACAGUGGCGGAAAAGAAGGAAGAUACAAACUUUAUCUGGGCAUGCUCAAGAACAGGCAGCCAGUCGGUCAUAGAGCAGAAGUAUUAUUUCUGCGAAUUCGCAGGACGCUUGAAAUCGCGACUUUGUAAAGAAAUGUUAGAUUGUUCAGUGUAAGCAAAUGUUUCUGCUUAAUCAUUGCUUGAUACAACGUUCUGACUGCCAUAAAUAAAAGCGAGCGCAUCUAAAAGGAA